AUGCCAAUGCAGACCAGGAAGAGGAAGUCUGUCCAGCGGGGCCGCGUCCCUCCGGCUCACUCAGGUAUCAGUCCCAACUCCCUGCCGGGAGGGGUUGGAGGUCCGGGUCCAGGUCACCUUGGGGCGGAUUACUUCAAUGGUCAGCCUGUGUCAGAGCUCAUCUCUCAGCUCCUGCGGGCGGAGCCAUAUCCCAACAACCGAUAUGGGGCCCCGUACAGCCAGGCACAGAUGCAGGCAUCUGCGAGCGGAGCCUCCGUCAUGGGCAUCGACAGCAUCUGCGAACUGGCCGCACGCCUCCUGUUCAGCACCAUUGAGUGGGCCAGGAACAUCCCAUACUUCCCAGAGCUCCCAGUCUCAGAGCAGGUGGCGCUCCUGAGGCUGAGCUGGAGCGAGCUGUUCAUCCUGAAUGCAGCUCAGUCAGCUCUCCCUUUGCACAUGGCUCCUCUGCUGGCUGCUGCCAGCUUUCACUCUUCCCCAAUGUCGGCCGAGCGUGAGGUGUCCUUCAUGGACGAGGUCAAGGCCUUCCAAGACCAGGUGGACAAGCUGAAGAGGCUGCAGGUGGACUCGGCUGAGUACAGCUGUCUCAAAGCCAUUGCACUGUUUUCCCCUGAUGCAUGUGGCCUGACAGACCCGGCCCAUGUGGAGUCACUGCAGGAGAAGGUGCAGGUUGCUCUGAGAGAGUACGAGAUUCUGCAAUAUCCCAACCAACCUCAGCGCUUCGGCCGCUUGCUGCUGCGCCUUCCUGCCCUGCGUGCUGUGCCGGCCAACCUGAUCUCCCAGCUGUUCUUCAUGCGACUGGUGGGAAAGACGCCAAUCGAGACGCUGAUCCGAGACAUGCAGCUAUCCGGCAGCUUCAUCAGCUGGCUCUUCGCCCCAAGGCAGUAA